AUGAUGCAAAAUGUACAUUUGGCUCCUGAGGCUGAUGAAGAUGAUCUUUAUUCUGGCUACAAUGAUUAUAAUCCCACGUUUGACACAGAGGAUUUAGAAAAUGAUGUAGCUUUUCAACAGGCAGCAAGAACAAGUCAUGGUAGAAGACCCCCUGUGACAGCCAAAAUUCCUGGUACAUCAGCUUCAAGGCCUUUAGCUACUGGAUUUGGGUCAAAGGCAACUUUAACUUCAUCUAUGGGAAGACCAAUGACAGGAGCUAUCCAGGAUGGGGUUGCUCGACCAAUGACAGCAGUGCAUGCUGCAGGUUACACUAAGGCAGCUAUGAGAGGUUCUUUAUUUGAUCCACUUGGUCAAGCAAGAGGUCCUGCUCCACCUCUGGAAAUGAAAAAUUCAGACAGUUCAGAAGAGAAGAUUAGGCAGUUGGAAAAAAAAGUGAAUGAACUGGUUGAAGAAAGUUGCAUUGCCAACAGCUGUGGAGACUUGAAAUUGGCUCUGGAAAAAGCAAAAGAGGCUGGAAGAAAGGAACGAGUAUUGGUGAGACAACGCGAACAAAUUGCUACUUCAGAAAAUAUCAACUUAGACCUUACUUACUCAGUUCUUUUCAAUCUGGCCAGUCAGUACGCUGCUAAUGAAAUGUACACUGAAGCAUUGAAUACUUACCAAGUUAUAGUGAAGAAUAAGAUGUUCAGCAAUGGAGGUAGACUGAAGGUGAAUAUGGGAAAUAUCUAUUUAAAACAACGCAACUAUUCCAAAGCUAUCAAAUUGUACCGUAUGGCUCUAGACCAGAUUCCUAGUGUCCACAAAGAGAUGAGGAUUAAAAUAAUGCAAAAUAUUGGAGUUGCAUUUAUUAAAACUGGCCAAUAUGCUGAUGCUAUUUCUUCAUUUGAACAUAUAAUGAGCAUGUCCCCAAACCUGAAGGCAGGCUUCAACUUGAUCCUAUGUUAUUUUGCUAUUGGAAACAGUGAGCAAAUGAAAAAAGCCUUCCAAAAACUGAUUGCAGUUCCCUUGGAAGUGGAUUAUGAUGACAAAUACAUUUCAUCAAAUGAUGAUCCACAUACAAAUCUAUUGAUUGAAGCCAUUAAAAAUGACAGCUUAAGACAAAUAGAACGUGAGAGGAAAUCCAUGGCAGAGGAAUACAUCAUGACAGCUGCUAAACUCAUUGCACCAGUAAUUGAGACAUCUUUUGCAGUGGGCUAUGACUGGUGUGUUGAAGUAGUAAAAGCUUCCCACUAUGUAGAGUUAGCCAAUGACCUGGAAAUAAAUAAAGCCACUACUUACUUGAGGCAGCAGGAUUUUAACCAGGCACUGGAGACUUUAAAAAUGUUUGAAAAAAAGGAUAGCAGAGUAAAGAGUGCAGCUGCAACAAACCUUUCAUUCCUUUAUUAUUUGGAGAAUGAAUUGGCACAAGCAACUAACUAUGCAGAUUUAGCUGUAAAUUCUGAUAGGUACAAUCCAGCAGCUCUAACUAACAAAGGGAAUACUGUUUUUGCAAACGGAGACUAUGAAAAAGCAGCUGAGUUUUAUAAGGAAGCUCUCAGGAAUGAUUCCUCAUGCACCGAAGCACUUUAUAAUCUUGGUUUAACACAUAAGAAGUUAAACAGAAUAGACGAAGCUUUGGAUUGUUUCCUGAAACUCCAUGCAAUCCUUCGAAAUAGUGCCCAAGUCCUUUACCAGAUAGCAAACAUAUAUGAGAUCAUGGAAGAUCCCAAUAAAGACCCAAAAAAAGCCAUAGAGUGGCUCCUGCAGCUGAUCAGUGUGGUACCAACUGAUCCACAUGUACUUUCAGAGCUAGGGAAAUUAUAUGAUAAUGAAGGUGAUAAAUCCCAAGCUUUUCAUUAUUACUAUGAGUCAUACCGCUAUUUCCCUUCAAACAUUGAGGUCAUUGAAUGGCUUGGAGCCUAUUACAUUGAUACCCAGUUUUGUGAAAAAGCCAUUGAGUAUUUUGAAAGAGCAGCACUUAUCCUUCCAACACAAGUGAAGUGGCAGCUGAUGGUUGCCAGUUGCUACAGGAGAAGCGGUAACUACCAGAAAGCUCUAGAGAAAUACAAAGUCAUUCACAGAAAGUUCCCAGACAAUGUUGAAUGCCUCCGAUUUUUAGUUCGUCUCUGCACAGAUAUGGGGCUGAAAGAAGUCCAGGAAUAUAUGACAAAGCUCAAGAAAGUGGAAAAAUUAAAAGAAAUGAGGGAGCAGCGCAUUAAAUCUGGCAGAGAUGGCAGUGCACGUAGCCGCAGAGAAGGAAAUGCUGAGACAUUGUCUUCCAAUUCAGGGCUGAAUAGUGGUGGUACCAAAGGGGAGAGACUGAGUGCCAAACUCAAAGCUUUGCCUGGAACAAGUGAACCCUACGAAAGUAGCGGCAGUAAAGAAAUAGAUGCCUCCUACAUAGAUCCACUUGGCCCACAAGCAGAAAGACCAAAAACUGCAGCAAGAAAAAGAGCUGAGGAAGAUGACUUUGCUGAUGAAGAGCUAGGAGAGGAUUUGCUUCCAGAAUAG